CGGGGCAAACACGGAGCAUGAAGACUGUGCCGUCACCCGAGACUCCGGGACACAAAUCCAGGAGGAAGGUGAGGAGAACCGACUGUGUGUUCAACUGCUUUCAUUUAAGGACAACAGCCAACACAAAUAAAAUAAAGUACUUUUCCUUCUCGGUCCUGAAGGCGUCCAAACCCAUGAUGGAGAAACGCAGACGGGAGCGAAUCAACAGCAGCCUGGAAGCCUUACGGCUACUGAUGCUGGAAAACACGCGGAACGAGAAGCUGAGGAACCCGAAGGUGGAGAAGGCAGAGAUCCUGGAGAGCGUCGUCGACUUCCUGAAGACGGAGAAGGACCACCGGGCCGCGAGGACGGCGUCUCCCGAGGAGCAGGGGCCCGCCGGCGGCCCCCACCGCAGCUACCACGACGGCAUGAGGUCCUGCCUGCUGCGGGUCAGCCAGUUCAUCGCCUCCAAGAGCCUGGAGCUGGAGGAGGCCAACGCGCUGCAGGCCUCGCUGAAGCUCUCGGGGCCUCUGACGGCGGUGGUCGCCCCCGGUGACGUCCCCGCCGCACUCUCCCCUCAGCGUCUCGUCUUGCAGGGGUCCGAAACCAGGCAGACGCUCUCCUCCGCAUCAGUGCCCGACCCGGUCUGGAGACCCUGGCCUAAAUGACGGACACGUUGACAGAUUUGUACAGCAUGGACACUUUUUUUUUUUUUUGCACAGAUCUUCUUUAGUUUUCACAUAUUUCCCCUUUUUUUCCCCUUUUUUUUUUUACAUACCUAUAUAAACCCAGGACGCACCGAUCCACUUUUUGUCACUUCCGACACCGAAAACCUGAGGCUUAGUGUCGGCCGAUACCGAUCCAACGCACAGAAAGCAGAGCUGAAUUGACUUUAAACGUUUAAAGUCAUAAACUUACCGGAUUCCAAAAUGCAUCUGAUGAGUCGGCGCCAGCACACGGCACGCUUCCGUAGCUUCACGGGUUUGGCCAGACGUGUGAAAGCGACAAAACUUUCAUUUGUUCAGUACUUUCAAUUCGGAGCAGAACAGCCCAUUUAAAAUGAGUAACAAAGAAACUGACAAAAAAAAAACAAAAGGUCAGCUAUUUUGGUCAAACGUGUGGAAAAAAUAAAAUGGAAUCAGGAAUUCUAAACAUGUUGUGCACGGCAUAGAAUUAGACUGCGUAGAUCUGCCUUGAUGGAUCGCAUUGUCACCAAUACCUGAUCUACUGUAGAUUGUUUUUCCAAUAUCAUGACCAAUGCAGAUAUUAAUAUCAGUGAAUUUCUAAUGUGAAUUUUUCAAGCUGUUGUUUUAUUCUGCAUGCGUUAUCUUCUUGCUCCUUCCACGUCUCUCCACUCUGCGUAGCUCACCGGGUGGUGGUGUGUUGUCGCUUUGCUCUCGCACACAGACACACACACACACAUCGGCAGACACACACACACAUCGGCAGGAUCGUCCUCCGUUCAGCAGCGCAGUUUCCUGGCCCUUCCUCCAGAGUGGCCUCUUGAAGGUUCCUGCAGCUGCACUUUGGAGAAGCCUCCAGAGGAGCAUUAACACAUACUCCAUCCAGAUUGGACAGCAGUUAUGACGCCCAUUGACAUGUAGAUGGGAGAGCCGCCGUCUCUACAUGGUGUUCGGACGACUUUUUUUCACAUGUAGAGUGGGAGAGGAUUGCUGUGAUUGGCGCGUGUUCAGAGAGCAGACCGCUGCGGCAGCGUCUAAUCCACAGCAGGUCGUCUCGCAGUGAAACUCACACUCUCUCUUUCUUUUUUAGUUGUCAAAUAAAAAUACAACAAAUACAAAGUUUGUCCUGUUAAUGUCUGUCUAGGAGCACAUGACCUGGAAUCAGUGCUGGCAAGUAAACUAAUACAUCAUCACAUUCCUAAGCUAGCGACUUAUGUCACUUUUUGCCAAAUUUUUUUUUUUUUCCUAAAUAAUUUUUUGGCAAAGAAAAGUGACACAGGCCAUGAUUUGAUUUGAUUUUUGCCAUAUCUCACUGAGCUUUUGCUCGACUACAAUGUUUAAACUUCUUAAACAUUUCAGUCGUGCAACAAAGAUUAAUAUUAUGCUUAAUUGGAAUCUUUCAUUAUUAUUUUGUAACUGGUUUAUAGCAAUUUUAUGUGAUUCAAAGCAGCAAUGCACAGUUGUGAACUGGAAGGAAAAUGAUUAAAAUAUGAAAAGUGUGUGUUUUUUUAUAAGGAGGUAGCCAGCCCAGACCAAUAAG